ACACUUGAUUUUAAAAUACUCAAAUCAGCUGAUUAUGUAAAUAUAAAUAAAUAAAUAAUAAGUAUUUUUUUAAAGAUUUUGUAAUGUAUUUACUACAUAUAAAUAUUAAAUAGAAAACUACAGGCAUAAUGAAACCAUCUCUAAAACUAUGUUUGAAUACUUUUGUAGGAAUCUUAUGCCUUUUUUUAUACUGUGAAUAUCUAGUUUUUUAUUUUGUACAAAUAUCAUGUUCAUGGCCCAAAUUGAAUUUCGAACAUAUCAGUAAUAAUGGCAGGCAAAAUAAUGAACCAGUUAAAAUUAUGGUGAUUGCUGACACACAUCUAUUAGGCAGUCGUAAUGGACAUUGGUUUGAUAAGCUUAGAAGAGAGUGGCAGAUGUAUCGAGCAUUUCAAACUGCUAUUACUUUGCACAGUCCCGAGUUGGUUUUUGUAUUGGGUGACUUAUUGGAUGAAGGGCAUUUUUGUAGUCCACAAGAGUUUGACUAUUAUAUCAAAAGAUUUUACAGUUUAUUUAAUGUGCCAAAAUCAACAAAAAUGUAUAUAGCAGUGGGAAAUCAUGAUAUUGGUUUUCAUUACAGAAUUAAUCCAUAUUUGAAAAAAAGAUUUGAGGAUGGAUUUCAAUCACCUCCAGUUCAGUUAAUAAGCUUAAGAGGCAAUCACUUUGUCCUUAUUAACAGUAUGGCAUUAGAAGGAGAUGGUUGUUUCCUCUGUAAACAUGCAGAAGAAGAAUUAACAAAAAUAGAAAAAAUUUUAUCUUGUACAGAAAAACAAAAUGCAUAUUGUAAUACCAAAUUGGAUCAGUACAGUAGACCUAUUAUGAUGCAGCAUUAUCCUCUUUAUCGAAAAUCUGAUAUUGAGUGUACCGAUUUUGAUGCAGCACCUUUUCCAGAAAGGGAAGAACCAUUUCAGGAAGCUCGAGAGUGUCUAAGUAAAGGAGCUACAUAUCAAAUACUGCAACAGAUAAAACCUAGAUUAGCUUUAUCUGGUCAUACACACCAUGGAUGUACCAGGAAGCUACCUGUUGGUGAUGGCAUUGAAAUUACUAUUCCUAGUUUUAGCUGGAGGAAUAAAGAUAACCCUAAUUAUGGUUUGGGAGUUUUUACACCAACAAACUACUCAUUUACCAAAUGCCAAAUGCCGAGAGAGUCAACAGUGAUCAACAUGUAUAUAUUGGGUCUUGUAGGGCUGUUUAGCUGGGCGUUUUACACUGGAUUAAGAAGAUAAGUACGUAACUGUGAUAAUAUUAGACAAAUUACAUUAUUUUUCAUAAAUAUAAUCUUUAAGGUUAAUCCUUUACUGAUUGGUUUAUUCAUUAGGUACAUAAAGUGUCACGAAUUUUGUAAAUAAAUUGGUAGAAUUAUU